AUGGCCACCCCGACUCGGAGUUCUCCAAGGAAGAAAAAUAGCAAAUCCGUGCAAGAGACCACACCCAAACCUACACAAGAAACCACACCAAAACCUGAUGAGGAUACUACAACCAAAAAGAAAAGCCCAAAUUGGACGAUAGAAGAGGAUAAAAAACUGUGUGUUGCAUGGUUAAAUACCAGUCGAGAUGCCAUUGUUGGGCGAGGACAGAAGGCCACAACGUUUUGGGAACGAAUCCACGAAAAUUACAUUGACCUUGUCAAGGAAUACAACACAGACAAGAAGAACUCGACAGGUUUCAAGGAGCUCCCUCUACGACUAGUUGGUGGGGUUGAAUGUUGUUGGGGACUCAUAUUGAAGGCCCUCAACAAAUUCUCUGGCUGCUAUUCAAUGGUCGAACACCGUUUGCAAAGUGGAAAGACACGCGCUGAUAUUCUUACCGAGGCGAAAGAGCUGUACAAAACCACAGUUGGAUCGACCUUCAACCUUGACCAUUGCUGGGGCAUUCUGAAGGAUGCCCCAAAAUGGCAGGCUAAUCAACAAGAGAACGCGGGUCGAUCCAAGAAGGCCAAAGAACCCAGUACAUCCCAAACCCCUACCAACCUUCCGAGUUCAACCCCAAGGACCUCAAGCCCAGCGGUCAUUGAUUUAGACAAGGAAGAGUCUGAUCUUAGCCAAUCGGUCCUGGGGAGCGUGCGUCUUGAAGGAAAUAAGGCAGCCAAACGUAAGCAAGCCGAAGAGUCGUCAAUCGAAAAGAUGGUGGCGUUGCAAAAAGACCUCGUUCAGAUCUUGCGUGACCGAUUGUCCUCCAUGAAAUCAGCAACUCAAUCGACUUUGGACGACACAAUAAUGUCGAAGGACCUGACCAAUUUGGACGACAAGACCCAAGAUUAUUAUCAAAAAAAGAGAAGAGCUAUAAUCGCUCGCAAUUUACAAGAAGAAAAAGAGAAGGAAGAAAGAGAGAAAAAAGAAAAGGAAGAGAAGGAGAAAAAGGAGAAAGAACAGAAGGAGAGAAAGGAGAGGGAAGAGAAGGAGAGAAAGGAGAAGGAAGAGAAAGAGAGGUGCAAACACAAGAGGGCUGAGGAGGAUGAAGACAAAGAAGAAGAGACUGAAGAAGAGCGCAAUGACGAAGACGAUAUUGAAGAAGAAGAAAUAACUGAAGAAGAAGAUGUCACUGGAGAGGAAGAAGUUGAGGCUUGA